AUGGAAGAAAGCGAUCCAACAGGCGAUGAAGCGCCGCCAUCGCGAUCCGGAGAGAGGACGCUGUCCAGGUAUGAUUCUCUGGAGCGCAUCGCGAGCAAGGUCUCCGGGCUCGCGAAUGUCAAGGUUAUGACCACCGCGCUGCUGCUGCGCCUAGCUUUUCAAUCGAUCGGGGUCGUCUAUGGCGAUCUAGGGACGAGCCCUCUCUACGUGUUUAGCAGCACAUUCCCGAAUGGGAUCGAUCCACAGCACGUCGAGGCCAAUGUUUUGGGGGUUCUAUCGCUCAUCAUCUACACGCUCACGCUCAGCCCUCUCCUCAAGUACGUCCUAGUGGUGCUCCAGGCCAGUGACAACAACGAAGGCGGGACCUUCGCGGUCUAUACUUUGCUGUGCCGAAGCAUCAACGUGGGAGUUUUCGGUCGAAAGGCUCAUCCAGAUGAUCGAGCUCUCUCCGGCUACGACGUCGUUCCCAGGAUCACUGGCAGGUUUCGAGAAGGGAUCCGGAACUUCAUGGAGGGUCGCAAGGCAGUGCAUAUGAUCCUGCUGCUCGUGACUUUGCUGGGGACUUGCAUGGUGAUUGGCGAUGGAACUCUCACUCCGGCCAUCUCGGUGAUCUCGGCUGUUCAGGGGAUCCAGGUCCAGGUGAGCUCUCUCGAACAGAACGUCAUCGUGGCCAUCUCGGUCGUGAUCUUGGUGCUGCUCUUCAACCUCCAGAGGUUUGGCACGGACAAAGUUGGCUUCAUGUUCGCGCCGGUUCUCACCGUCUGGUUCGUGGCUAUCGGCGUCAUCGGUCUCUACAACAUCGGAGCUCACGACUUGAGCGUGCUCAGAGCUUUCAACCCGAAGUUCAUCCUCGACUACUUUCUCCUCCGCAAGCUGGACGGCUUUAUCUCGCUGGGAGGGGUGGUGCUGUGCAUCACCGGCACGGAAGCCAUGUUUGCGGACGUUGGCCACUUCAGUGCGCGCUCCAUCCAGAUCGCCUUCGUGCCUUUUGUUUAUCCGACGCUCUUGCUGGCUUACUGCGGCCAGGCAGCGUACCUGAUGAAGCAUCCGGAAGACGUUGCCAACGCUUUCUACAAGUCGGUGCCAGCGCCGGUCUACUGGCCGAUGUUCGUGGUGGCGGUCUUGUCUGCGAUCAUCGCGAGCCAGGCCAUGAUCUCGGCGGUUUUUCAGAUCAUCAAGCAGUCGCAGGCGAUGAGCUGCUUCCCGCGGGUCAAGGUUGUCCACACCUCGAAGCGUUUCCCCGGGCAAGUCUACAUCCCUGAGAUGAACUGGUUCCUCAUGCUGGCCUGCGUCGUGAUCACCAUCAUCUUCAAGAAUACGACCACCAUCGGGAACGCCUACGGCAUCUGCGUCGUCUCGGUGAUGUCGGUGACGACGUUCUUGACCGCGAUCAUAAUGCUCCUGGUGUGGAAGACGAACAUCCUGCUCAUCCUGGCCUACUUUGCGAUCUACGCGACGCUGGAGCUCACAUACUUUUCGUCGGUGCUCGUCAAGUUCACGGAAGCAUUCUGCGAGUUCGUGGAGUGGGAUUGA